AUAUUCUAUUUUUAAUUAUCGUAAGGAAAGUUCUAGACGGGUGGGACUGGUGGUCUCCAGUUAUAGUCAAACUGAAACUCGUCUGGUACACGUGGAAUGUCAAAAUUUUCACCCCAAAAACCGCGUUCUGACAGCUCUCUCUCUCUCUCCUCCUUAAAUACGCAUACCUGAACAUGUCAAUCCAAUCCCAUUUCUUUGCCGCCGCCACAACAAAAACACAAAUUCAUCAUCAGAACAAGAACAAGAAUAAUGGAGCAAUUCCUGAACGCAAAGAUCGUCCGCCUCAAGAGCCCCCACGACAAGUACCUAACCGCCGACGAAGACGAGGAGUCCGUCGUCCAAGGCCGCGACGGAUCGUCCAAGGCCUCCAAAUGGACAGUCGAAUUCGUCGACAACUCCGACGGCAUCAUCCGCCUCAAGAGCUGCUACGGCAAGUACCUCACCGCCUCCAACCAACCGUUUCUCCUCGGCAUGACGGGCCGGAAGGUGCUGCAGACGCGCCCCCACCGCCUCGACAGCUCCGUCGAGUGGGAGCCCGUGCGGGAUAAAGGCGCCGCCAUCAAGCUCAAGACAAGGUACGGCCACUUCAUGAGGGCCAACGGCGGCGUGCCGCCCUGGAGGAACUCCGUCACGCAUGACAUCCCGCAUCGGACGGCCACCAAGGAGUGGAUUUUGUGGGAGGUGGAUGUCGUCGAUAUCGUCGUCGCUAUGUCGCCGGCCGGGAAACCGCCGCCGCCGCUCGUGCUGGAGGAGACGGAGUUGGAGGCUCCGGCUGCCAGUUAUUCAUCGAGGCCACCUAGCUUUUCCUUUUCCAGACAGCAGUCACAUGAUACUCGGUUGAGCUCGCCUCCAAAGGGUAGUGAAGGAAGGCUAAUAUACUUCCACAUUGCUGAUGAAAAUGGUCAAGUAGACGAAGGUUUUGAGGAGCUCAGCAUUACAUUCAAGGGAAAUGGAGUGGAUGAAUUAACGCAGAGGCUGGAAGAGGAGCUGGGAAUCCAACAUCUUAGUGUGUGUGCAAGAAGCCCCUUGAACGGGAACCUUUUCCCUCUUCGUUUGCAGCUUCCUCCCAAUAAUGCCACUAUGCACGUAGUUGUGGUUCCACCAUCAUCGUCAUCAUAAGGUACUAAUAUAUUGCUACUUGUAUUUAAAUCUAAUUAUUUAUUUAUGAUACUAAUGUCAACAAGUAGCUCACCAAAUUUCUGCAUUCUGAUGUAACAGUCUUUUGCUGAUGUUGGAGCAAAUUGAGAAAUCUUGACAAUUUCGCCCAAGAAGAUAUGAAUUCUGCAAACGCUGCAUGUUUUUGUACAUCCUGCUGCCUCAGCCUUCUCCAUAUGCUUGCAAAGAAGAAAUCAAUAUAGAUCAAGUGAUUGGUUAGCACUAGCAGCUUAUAGUUUGCUCUCAUUCUUUAUUCUUUUGCUCUUUUCUCCCCCUUAGCUUCUUUGUGGAAUGAUUUUGUAGUGAAUUAAUCAGUGUAUUAUGGUCUGUGAACCAGUGAAAUUUUGGCUGUUUUCUGCUAUCUUUAGCAUUAUAAUGGCUUGUGAAUAGAAGCAAAUAAACAUGGUGUGGAAUGAUUGUUUUAUAA